AAGAUCACCAUUCGUGGGUCGCGAGAAUCCUUCAUAAGGGUUCUCUUCAUAUUUUGUCUUUCUAUUUUGCACUCUGCUUUUUUCGCUUGGUUUGAAUGACAGAACCUUUGAAGCGUCAAAUGAAUUGACAGGUUGAUUGAGUCAUCAAAUAGCACUUAGGGGAGAGGUAGAUAGUCUAAACAAAACAAUCACCAGUCUCACUUUUAUUAUCACGGUCAAAUGACUAAUCGUUCUAUUUUAUUCCUCGAUUUUGGACAGAAGUGACUCAUAAUAUAUUAUUGACCAUAUGCCAUAAUUCCCUUUUCCUCCUGUCCUGGGAAAUAUUGAUAUGGUUUUACGAACACGACGCAUCUGACCAGCUCUUCGAUUCAUGGUAUCUCUUGUUUGGAAAUUCGUAUCUUGGAUUGAAAAGGAAGCCAUCACAGCAACAGAUAUGAAUAAUAAUGAGUGAGAACAGCGUUUCAAUUCUGAUGAACAAAUGAAUGAAAAGUUGUUGGUCCUGGUCCUUUCAUUAACCUUGGUUCCUAACGCCUUUCACUUAGGCCUGAGUCACAAACACAAGACCAAACACCAUGCGUUCAGGAAGGAAAGGAACUCAACUGAUUUCGUCAAGCGAACGUCAGCUCACCUUCGAGACUCCAAAAGAAUUGUUGAAAUGGAGAAGAAAGAUACAUCUCGAAAGAGAAGAUUAUUUCCUCCUGCAAAAAAAGAUGAAAUAGCAAAGAAUGAGAUUUUAGUGAGGGAACUGGCUUUGUCAUCUUUUGCUGGAGACGUUAAAAACUCUAUGAAGAGAGACAAGAAACACAAAAUUACGAAGAAAAUUUAUCCAAAAACAAAAACAAGACUUGCUUUACGUGCUACAUCAACAGCGAAAAGCACUCAGAAAAGAACUUCCAUAAUUUUGCCUUCAGCUACAGGAGAUAGAUCUCAGCCUGAACACGCACUUCCUAUUUCUCGCACUCUCUUCACUGCAUUGGGGCUGUUGUUGAACGAAAAGAAUCAUUUUGUUAAAGACUCCAAUGCCUUGUCCCUGGCUAAAGUGCUUCUUGACAAUGACAAGGCAGUAAGUCAAGAGCACAAAACUGUUGGUUCUGAUCCUCAAAACUCUAAAGCUGAGUAUCCUCAAGAUUUUGGGAGCAAACUAUUACGUCUUUUGAACGUUUCAUCGUUUCGGAACAGUCCAUCUGGUGAGCGGAAGUCUACUAUACAUACCGAGCUUAUCAAUCCUACAGAGUUGGGAAUCUCAAUAUUGAGACUGUUGUUUGGGCGCAAGGCACACCUUGUAACCAAACCCACAUACAAACCUUUGCUCCGGUAUAAUCCAACCGAUUCAAGUUCACGAAUAAAACUUUUACCUCAAACAAGACAGUUAGAUAAAGGGAAUGCAAUGAUAACGAAUAGGAAACAUCACAAAAAGUCAUUUUCUUUUGCCCUAGCAAAAGCUGUUAGCGAUCUUAUCAAGUCUAUGGCUAAGGAAGAACUAAAAAAUUACUUGCGAAAAAUGAAUGAUGAUCCCAAAUUUACAAAGGGUGCAUCGUUGUCAAGGGUACCUGACAGUUUUUGGCCUUCGAAGAAAGUGGUGGACGUUCAAGGGAAUCGGAAAUCGUGGGUUCUUUUAAAAAUUCCAAAAUCAGGAGAAUCAAUGGUGCCUAAUAAAGAUUUUUCCGAUGAACCUCUUCAAGAAAAGGAAACCGAUGUGGACGAUGAGACCGAAUCUGAAAAAAAGCCGACAGGUAUUGUGGAUACUUUAGGGAAACUUAACGAUGCUCAGCCUUUAUCUCAGGAAAACCUCAAUAAAGAUGUAGGUGAACCCUCAAAAGACACAGCGAAUGAAAACUUUGCGAGCGACACAAAAGUGCGACCGACCACCAAGGCGGGUUACAGCGUGAGGAUUCUACCCUCAUUAAAAGGGACAGCUGAGAAACAAACUGAUAGUUACCACACAAAUAGGAAGCCUCAGUCUGCCACACAAACUACAGCUGCAUUCGCCGAAGCUGUCCAAAAGUUAUUGCAAGCAGUACAAUCCAGUAUCAAAAGUCUCCAGGGCAAACACGUGAUAAACUAUCCUUCGGAUCUAAGCCCAACAGAAGAGAAUCAACAUAUAAACAUUCCGUCCACAAGAACUGGAAGUGUAAGAGCCAUACAAAAAGACCCAGUUUCUGUACAUUACGUUGAACCCACGAUAAAGACUCAAUUUAUGCAAGAUAUUCCUGUCCAUGGGAAAGCGAACUCCGUAGAACUGUCCGCUCUAAUCAGAGAAGCUGGGCAAGAAGAUCGGAAGCCUCAAAAGGAUCGAGCAAAUGCGCUCUUUGACCCAUUGAAAGACCUAGAAAUAUCACCAUCUGAACCAAUUACAAAAUCAAAUUCCCCGACGAAAGCGCUCGCUCCAUCUGACAAUGUCCUUUUUGAGUCUGCCACAGAGAUCGGAACUCCUAGAGACAAGCAAGAAUCCUCCACAGUACAGCACAUCAAGGAAGAUCUUGAAACUUUUGCUGAGAAGGGCCUUCAAGCUCAUAAUCAUUAUCGUCAAGAACACCACUCUUCUAAUCUUCGUUGGUCAGACGUACUUGCUACGCAAGCAGAAAAAAUGGCAUAUGAUAUGGCCAUGAGGGGAAUCGUCGAACGCUCAGAAUUAGCAAUGUCGAUGGGUUAUGGAGAAAAUGUGGCAAAAAUCACAGGCGUCCCAUUCAACGACGCUGGAGAAGUGGCAACUAAUCUUUGGUAUAGCGAAUCACGUAAUUAUAGUUAUUCGUAUCCACGAGUAAUUCCACAGACUGACGCAUUCACUCAACUGGUCUGGAGAGGAACGAAAGAGAUAGGCAUGGGAUGCGCCAAGGAUGUCGCUACUAAUGAUUUGUAUGUGGUGGCUUUGUAUAAACCUCCAGGGAAUGAUCGGCGACGUUUACGAGAUAAUGUACUCAAUAAAGGAACUAUGACAGAGGACGUUUACGCCACAAUAUUUAAGAGGGCAAAAAUGCUACCAAAUACAACCCUUAAUUGGAGAGGCUUAGAGACACACUCUAAGUGUAUCUGCCGCUUAAAACAAACCUGGUAUGUAACUGGAAAUUACAGCCAUGCUCUUGGUGGGCAGAAUUGUUUAACAGCUGAGAAGAUGACCAAGGCUUCCAUUCCCACGCUGUUAAUACUAGCGUUCCUGUUACUUAUAGUAAAAGGUUCUCGGGAGAAGAUAACCCGGAAAAAGCAUGAAAGAAAAAUACCUGCGCUGCCAUUCGAGAAAAUUGCACGAUCAGCUCUUAUCGGAUUAAAACCAGAGGAUGUUUUUAAAGUGACUAAUGCAGGGUCAGAUACCGAGGGCACAAGAAAAAAUUAUGUAAAUUCUCUACAACAACUUCCAGCGAUUAAAGAGGAACAAAGUUUGACAAACAGUGCCCUAUUGUAUUCUGGACAGCUGUCAUCACUUGACCAACGAUUGGUGAACCAAUUUGACAAAGAACUUACAGGAAAUCAUGAAGAUUAUUUGCAUGGCACAAUGUCAAAGACUGAAGACGGUUAUGUGAUGGAUCCUUCUCAUAACAAGUCACCAAACGAUUUUAGUAAGAGUAGUAGGAACUUCGUUGAGAAGGUAACAAGAGAUGAAAUGGGGAGAACUGAAGAUAUGAGUACUGUUCGUAAUGGAGGGCUGGAUAAUGAUUUCUAUCGCCAAAUAAGCCAGAUAGACAACGAUCAGCCACAAGCUUCUGAUGCUGGUAAAGUCAGUGACAUGUACAAAGAUAACCCUUUACCUGAGUACAGCUACAAGGAGUCAGAAUUCGAGAAAAUGCCUGAUUACAAUUCUAAGUUUGGAAACAAUCCGUUUGAAAUGCCAAAGAAUCAUUAUCAAGAACUUGAUACCCAAGAUAAAGAACUCUUUGAGGGCGUUAAUACAAAUCAAGAACACCCCCAAAACUCCCCAUCUGAUAACUCGGAUCUUUUUUCUGCGAUUGGUAAAAAGGUCAUUCUUGACUUGCUGAACCAUCGAAACGACUCAGAUCACCAGAGCGAAGACCAUCUUAAGCAAGACUUUCUCAAGAAAGUGAUGGGAGAAAAAAUUGAACAAAAUGAUGCGGCAAUUAGCUCUUUGCUUGCAACUAAACAAGCAACAACUCUGUCACCUUUUCUCAGUCAAGUGAAAACACUGAUGACGGCUAACCCUAACGUGAUCAGUUAUCAUUUGCCUACAUUACCAUCGCAAGGAAACGUUUUAACGUCAGGGAAGAUAUCUUCGAAAAGCAUAAUGAUCAAUGAGCAACAACCACUAAGCACAACAAAUGAAGACAACCUACAUAUUCAAGGACAAGUUUCUCGAGGUGGUCCUCCUACGCCAUCUCGAAUGAUGAAAGAUCAGUCCGCAGAUAUCCCAAAUAGCAAAACGCUAUUUAGAAACGCUUUGCAAUCUAAAGAAACAGACUCACCAAAUGAUAGUUAUGUGACACUUAAAAUAUCUGGUGCUGGAAAACCUGUUAGUUUUAAAGCUGGAACUAGUAAUGACGGAUCGCUAGUUCUUAAAAUACCUGGCAAUGUCACAUUAACGGAAUCGGAUCCAAAAAAAACUAUUAAAAGUGGAACGUUUCCCAAAAUGAAAGAAUAUAACAACUAUAAGCCACAAAUAGCAACAGAUGCUGACGAAAUGAACCGUUAUCUCUGGGAAAGCCAAACAGAUCCAGGAAGAGAAUUCUCUAAGAAAGGAAAUAUGAUUAAAGGUUUGGAUGACGAUUUGACAACAAAUAUGCUUAGCUGGCAGAUUCUGGGAAAAACGAAUUCCAAAUUAAAUAACGGCAAUGAUUGGGAACAUAAUGAGGGUCUUUUUCACGAGGCAGAUCUACCCUCUGUGAGCCCAACCAGAGGUCGCAACGUUGGCGAGAAUCAAAGAAGUCCGACUGCAGUGCACGGUUUUAAACAAAUAUCUCCAACCAAAUACAAUGAACUAGACAGAAUAUCAUUUGCCGGGGUAGGACAAUCUCCCCCACCAGAUAUAUUUCCUCUAAGCUCAAGAUUGCGGGAAGGUGAAGAAAAGCACAAGUUUUUGUCCUUGAAAAGCUUUUUGAGGCCAUCUAGGUUUUUCGAGGACCAUCCUGAAAACAGGGCAAGACUCAGCUUUAGACCGGACCACGACGUAACGAGAUCAUCCACCAAUAGGAAGUUGGAAAAUGGUGUGAAGGAUUCUUGGUCGCCAUGUUCAGUGACCUGUGGUCAAGGUAUUCAAGCUAGAGCUCAGUUCUGCCAGGGAAGACAGUGUAAGGGAUACAGAACAGAAAGCAGGGCCUGUUUCAUGCACCCAUGUCCCGAGCAACUAGGGAGAGCUGGUCUUCGUUUACAUAACAAGUUUAGAACAUGGCACGGAAGUCCUCCUCUGAAGUGGUCCAAGCGUUUGGCCUCUAAGGCUCAGGAAAUCGCUAAACAUUUAGCAGAUAAUUCAAUCCAUUUAACGGACUUGAAAAAGGAGCAUAUCGGUAUUAACGUGGCCCGUCUGUGGCACAGUUACGACAUCGCUGCCGAGAAAGCUACCGCUGACUGGUAUAGCGAAGUCAAGAGCUACAACUUCGACGAUCCAAUGAUCGACAAGUCUACCAGGCACUUUACUCAACUUAUAUGGAGAGAUUCGAAGUGGCUCGGAAUUGGGGAAGCAAAAAGCUUGGAUGGAAAGCACACUGUUGUGGUUGCACUUUAUGAUCCGCCUGGAAACUUAAGACAUAAGGAGAAAAGCAACAUCCAUAUACCUGAAUCACAGAGUUAGGAAAGCAGGGAAGCGCUGCUAAUCAUGUUUGUCUGAGCUAGUCAUAUUUAAAUAGAUGUCCGCCAGUGGCUUUUUGCAGCUUACACGUUUGGAUUAGGUGCUGCACAUCGAAAAUACCGUUUACAUGGACCCUAAAGGCUCUUUAUAAGAGGAAAUAUAUCACAGUUUCCAUAAAGGAACUGAAAACGAGAUCAUAUUCAGUUUGAUAGAAGCGCGUGUGUUACUUUUUACAUACCACUUGGAACUGACAGUUGAAUUGAAAGUUGAAGAUCCGUCGCAAAAAAAUUGUUUCCUUAUGUCUACAACACAAAACCAGUGUCUGAAUACCUCAAACCUUACAAAAUAUCAGCGAAAAAUCUUUUAGGCGCUUUUAUGGCCACGUGCUCGUCCAAGUUUUCUUUAAACUCUGUUUAAGAAGAAACUUGCGACAAGAACACAAGAUUGUUCUUUCUCUUAAAGUUGUUCUCCUCGCAGUUUACCAGGUACUCUAUAAAACCGUCGUCAAAGGCAAACCAUUAGUCAAAGUAUUUUUCUUUUGGGUGGUCGUCGAAUUUCUCGAUUUCGUCAAAUCGGGAGGGUUGUUUUAAUUGGUCCCAAAUGUUAUCACUAUUGCAUUUUAUAAGCAUCAAAGCCAAGCGGCCUUGCGCUGACUCUACAUGUCAGUCACAUCUUAAAAAAUCUUAGCGUUACCCCUUUUCAAGAAGACGAAGCCUAUCUCUGACCCCACUUACACGCCUCAGUGAGUAGCAGACGUGAAACAGGAAAAGAAGACGAGUCGAGAAGUGAUGCGAUGAAGAGGAAGUUAGUGGAGUGGGAUUUUAUUUCUUCACUUUCUUGUCCGUUUAAUUUAACGCCUGCUACAAAGCUUAAGGCUCGCUGAACAGUGUCUCAUAACAUAAGGAAAAAAAAGUGUCUAGGAUACAUUGGUUGGCAAGAAUAAGGAAAAUUAAGUAUCUUGAAGAAAUCAAGUAGUAAUUAACUUUAAUCAACCAUUUGAAAAUAAAAUGUUACUUGCUGAAA